AUGUCUCGACUCUCACUAACGACUCUCUUCGGAGUUAACCAGGCUACCGAUGACAAGCACCACUUUGAGACGUCUUGGAUCUUACCCCCUGCCAUCCUUGCCGGACUUCGCGGUCUGAUCUCAUUGUAUAUCUUCACCUCCAUCUUCAUCUUCUGGGGCUGGUAUGGCACCAACGAUAGCCACGCUUCAAUUGGUCAGUCCUUCAGCUAUUUUACCUGGCUAUCCUACUGGGGUGUUGGCUUCUACAUGCUAUUCGCUGCCAUCCAUACAGCUUGUUAUGCACGAACGGGUCGCUCGGUUCUCUUCGACCGCUGGCCGCGGGCUUUUCGCGCACUACACAGCUUAUUGUAUGCGACAAUCACAACGUACCCAUUUCUCGUUACGGUUGUCUUCUGGGCUGUCAUAUUCACUCCACCAUGGUAUAAGACGGCCUUCGCCGGUUGGCAAAAUAUCUCCCAACACGGCCUUAACUCUGUCUACGCCCUACUGGAAAUCAUCAUCCCAGCCACAGCACCGCAUCCAUUCAUUGCAAUCCCAUUCCUACUCAUCAUCCUCCUGCUCUACCUCUGCGUCGCAUACAUCACGCAUGAAACCGAGGGCUGGUACCCGUACUCCUUCCUCGACGCUGGUAGCCACGGACAGAAGAGCAAGCUUGUGGUGGGAUAUUGUUUUGGCAUCUUGGCUGCGGUUCUGGUGUUCUUCACCAUUUCCUGGGCGCUGGUUCAAUUGCGCUGCCGCCUGACGCACGGAAGGAUUAAACGGGCUAGACGGGAUCCGCUGUGCGCGCACGAUGCUUUUGGUGGUGUUGUUGGGGCGAGUGGUAAUGAUCAAUCAAAUGAGAUGAAGCCUGUGUCGGGUUUGGAGGCGGCGAUGAGUCGAUUUUCUUCUUCUGGAGGAAAUUGCCUGGUUGGGUAA